AUGGGUGUCGCUCGCCGAAAGGUUUUGAUGCUUCACGGCCAUGCACAGAACGCCGACAUCUUCCGCAACCGAACGGCGAACAUUGUGAAGGCGUGCUCCGGCUCGGAUAUCGAGUUCGUAUACGUUAACGCCCCCCACAUUCUCUGGCCGACCGACUUGCCUCCCGCGCGUUCGUCUGUCGGCGAGGCGCGAGUGAACGACGUGUCCUACAGUGAAGAGUCAACAAGCGCUCCGCGCGCGUGGUGGUUCAUGACUGAGGCACGGACCAAGUGCCACGGCAUUGCCAAGGGGAUCCGGGCUAUCCGUGAUAUAUUGGCCCAGGAUGAGUACGAGGGAGUUUUUGGGUUCAGUCAAGGAGCCGCUAUGGCCGCGACGAUCUCUGCGAUUCUCGAGAGACCUUACCUCCAUCCCGAGUUCAUGAGCAACGGCAAGCCUAUUCACCCACGCUUCCGCUUCUGCGUCGCCGUUUCUGGCUUCAUCCCACCUUGUGAUCUGUCCGACAUUAUUUUCAGCACGUCGUACAACACCCCAAGCGUCCAUGUGGUCGGGAAGAACGACGUCGUUGUUCGUGAAGAGGAUACCCAGGUGCUUCUCAACAAGUCAGCCGCCAAAGUCGUUGAGUACCAUGUCGGCGGUCAUUUCGUACCGAUCACACAGAAGUGGCGGAGUUUCUUCGCAGAGCACCUUCAGCAUCCAGAAGUUCUCAUUCCCUCCCCCGCUGCGUCCUCGCCAGCAAGUUCGUCCACUGCACUUGACAGUGAUGGCACGAGCUCCCCCGCUAGCUCUGUCACAGAUCUCGACUUGGCACCAGGAGACAUUGUCCUGGAGGAGGAGAAGAUCGCGGAUGUCGAGAUCAAGGUAGAACCGGCCGCUGUCCCAACCAAGACCGAGGUCCCUACCUUUGCUUCCGACCUGGAGCUGCCCAAGCUGCCUGGCCGCAACUUUGGCGAGCUCAAGUUCCCCACCGUCGCACAGUUCAAGCCACAGCGGCCCGUCGUCCGCGUCAACACCGUGCCGAAGUACCCAUACUACGCCUUCCCCUCAUUCCGCCUCCCCGACGGCAUCACACACUCGCCACUUACAGCCGCGCCCUCCGUCACGGUCUCCGUCGCGGAUCUGCAACGCCAGGUGUCCGAGCUGCAGAUAUUCACAAAUUAUUACUGGCACUUCAUUUUCAUCGCUUCCUUUUUCCUGCCGCACUCGUGGCGGCUCGUAUUUAUUCUCCCCAUGCUUCUUUGGGUUUAUGGUAGAAGGGUUAUGAGGUGGCGGGUGUGAUUGAGUGGUAUUUAUUGUCGAGAUGAGAUAUUUGAAUGGACUGCGAGUACUCGCUUACAACUACGCUCCUUACUGCAUAUCAAGUUAACUAUAGUAGACCACAGCAGGGCUUGUGUGUAUCUCCUAGACCGUAUAGCCAGUUAUUUAUUACCUGUUGUUUGAAUAGUAUCGGGUCGAGUCUUUCCUGCCUUGAUGUCGCACGGAGAGGCCCAGCAAUACUACCAACAUUCUUUUGUAAA